GUCCGCCGCGACCCCACGACCCGCCUCCAGGGUCGCGAUCAGGCCUUAGGGUGGCACUGCGAUCCUGUCAACCUCGGAAGGCCAAGCAGAUGACUGCCAAGCCACUGUUCCGCAUGGAAUAAGCCCUCUAACAGCCGCCAAAGCGGAAGCUGGGCGAGGACUCGGCCGAUCUGGCUGCUAAUACCAUCGAUCCUUCCACUGACUACCAUCCAGGGGUGAUGGCAGUGAAAGGGAUGCCCUUCCACUUAAGUUCAGGGAUCAGCGGGGAGGGAGAGCACAAGCUCCCACGCUUCCUGACAAGCUUACCGGGGACCUCAGAGUCCGUAAGGCCACUCUUCCUGCUGAAGGAAAGGGAAGGUGGGACGGAGUCCUCCAGCGAGACAAGGAAGGCGCCGGUAGCACCGAGAUAACUGGGCUAGAGCGGCCGGAAGUGGGGCGGGCCGAGAGCAGGCGUCACGUGACUGGAGACCGCAACAGCUGCGGAGGCGGCGGAGCGUGUCUCUGAGGGGCGGGUUCGGUCGCGUUGUCGCGGCCCCGUCGGUUCUCUCCGUCUCCCUACCCUCUCUAAACUUCGUCUGCUCUUACCUCUCGAGCUUCUGUCUGGGCCCUAGAGAUGUAGUCUGGGGUCCCCAAACCAAGGCCGAAUGCCACUGUAGCUAUGGCGGCCCCCGAGGAUUGGGGCGGCCUCAACCUAACUGGGGCGUGGCUUGGGGGCGUGGCCUCGGCGGGGCGGCCGCCUUGGAGCUGCAAAGUUUGGCUGUGGCGGCAAAUGGGUUUGGGCGGCUCCUCGGCGGGUGGCGGUGGUGGCCUUAGCGGUUCCUCCUGGCCCUGUUAAUGUCAGGGCCAAGCCCGGGGAGGAUGGCGCCCUAGAGCCUGGCCUUGCUGGGGUAGGGGCGGGAGGGGGCCGGGGCGGGGACCGGCCAUGUCGGAGGUGACCCGGAGUCUGCUGCAGCGCUGGGGCGCCAGUCUUAGGAGAGGCGCCGACUUCGACUCUUGGGGCCAGCUGGUGGAGGCGAUAGACGAGUAUCAGAUAUUAGCAAGACACUUACAGAAGGAGGCCCAAGCUCAACACAAUAAUUCUGAAUUUACAGAAGAACAAAAGAAAACCAUAGGCAAAAUUGCGACAUGUUUGGAAUUGCGAAGUGCAGCAUUACAGUCCACACAGUCCCAAGAAGAGUUUAAACUGGAGGACCUGAAGAAGCUAGAACCAAUCCUGAAGAAUAUUCUCACAUAUAAUAAAGAAUUCCCAUUUGAUGUUCAGCCUAUUCCAUUAAGACGUAUUUUAGCACCUGGUGAAGAAGAGAAUUUGGAAUUUGAAGAAGAUGAAGAAGGUGGUGCUGGAGCAGGACCUCCUGAUUCUUUCUCUGCUAGAGUUCCUGGUACUUUAUUGCCACGGUUGCCAUCGGAACCAGGGAUGACGUUACUCACCAUCAGGAUUGAGAAAAUUGGUUUGAAAGAUGCGGGGCAGUGCAUCGAUCCCUACAUCACAGUCAGCGUGAAAGAUUUGAAUGGCAUAGAUUUAACUCCUGUACAAGAUACUCCUGUGGCUUCAAGGAAAGAAGAUACUUACGUUCACUUUAAUGUGGACAUUGAGCUCCAGAAACAUGUUGAAAAGUUAACCAAAGGUGCGGCCAUUUUCUUUGAAUUCAAACAUUACAAGCCUAAAAAGAGGUUUACCAGCACUAAGUGUUUUGCCUUCAUGGAGAUGGAUGAAAUUAAACCUGGGCCAAUCGUAAUAGAACUAUACAAGAAACCCACUGACUUUAAAAGAAAGAAAUUGCAAUUGUUGACCAAGAAACCACUUUAUCUUCAUCUACAUCAAAGUUUGCACAAGGAAUGAUCCUGAUACAAAUAACCAAGAACUUGUGUGAAUUUUACCACUCAGAACCCAUCAUAGCUCAGUGUAGCAUAAUCACCCUUCAACAGGCAGGAAGUGAGCCCUACCCGUGCCAGCUGACCAAGCAAGUCUAUUGCACAGCCGGACCCUAGAACAGAAGUUCAGCACAUCACUGACCUAUCACUCCUAUGGAUACAGGUUUAUUGUAGAUUUGGAAACAUUUCACUUUUCUAUUAAUUGUGCAAUGAACAGUCUAUUUUCUCAUUGCCACUACUCCCCUGUUUCCCGGACAGCACUGUUGUAGAUGUGCAGAACUUCAGACAAUGCAGCAAUAAGAAUGUGCAAGAGUCUACAUCUCUGCUCACUUCUGCUCCAGUAUGCUUUUCUGGUUUCAAUGCCACGCUGUGAGUUGAAGUGGGUAGAACUGCUCUGAGAGAAACUGGACUAGUUACAUUGCCUAGCAAAGUCUCCUUAGAAGAGAUCUAGCCUGGUGCCGUGGGUCUCCUGCAUAGAAAGUGUGACCUGGCCAGAUGAGCGUCCCACACUGAGUGUUCCCCGGAUGACCAGAUUGAUUUCCUGAAGAGAGCACAUGUAUAGUCAGGUGGAUUAUCUUUCUUCUCUAUUGUACUGCUAAUUCUUUCUGGUAGUUCUAGGGUUAACGUUGGAACCAUCUCAGAAUAACUAUGGAUUUUAAAAUGUGUUUACAGUAUCUUUUAAACUGUAUCAUUUAGGAACAGUUGAGUCAGAUGUCAAGAUGUUGCGGGAUAACUGCUGCUUUCCUGACCACCCGUUGUGAGACCUUAAGACCCCGUACCUCUCCUUAGUAUGCAAAAAUCUGGAAAGACUGUCUAUUUUUUUUUAAUAUAGGUAGAUAGGAUUGCCAUUUAUUUCCUAUUUAGAUAUACAGUCAUUCAUCCAUAUGAAAAUAUGCAGGUCACUAGUUUAUUUUGAAUGGACUAUUUACUUUUGGUGUAACAAGGCAUAAAUAAAACUUUGAAAGCACAUGAUGGAUGGUUGUUACACAGAACAUUAGGAUUCAUGAGGGGCUUUCUGUGGGUUAGACAUGCCAUGUAUUUUAAUAUUCACAUGUCAAUGAACAGUGAAUGAGGGGCUGCACUGUCAAUACUGGGGCUGUUUUUAAUAGUAUAACCUCAUCACACCAUUCAAUAUAUUUGCUUUUUCAAGUAAGUAACCACAACGAAGAUGUUUUAAACUUGUCCUUCAAGAGAUCUAGUCUUGACUUUCAUUCAGCACCUACUAGGCCACUGUUUACUAGGUAGAGCUUAAUAAAAACUGUAUUUCAGGUUCAACCUGAGAAAAAUCCACAACCAAAUUAAUCUUAAUUGGGUAGUUCCAAAUGCUAAAAUCAUCCCAUCUAUAAUAGCUCUAGGGGGAGGAGAUUUUUGCCUUAAAUUAGCUCACUCUCCCACUCAGGCUUUGAGUUGUAGGUCCUCAGGCUGUAAGCUCCUGGGGCAAGAGUUGUAGCUGUCAUGAAAGGGUCUAAGGUACUUGGCAGUACUCUGUACCUGGGGAGUGCUCAGUACAUUUUGUUUGAUAUUGCUGACUAGACAUAAAAAUUAAUUCCUUAAAACCUAUUAUUAUUAAAACAUAGCAAAGACUGUA